GGCGGGAGCGGCUCCCGGAGCGGGACUGCUCCCUGCUCUUGCUUUUCAACUCGAGUCACUCUCAGGAGCUCGCACCUUCGGGCGCUUUAAAAUUUUUGAUUUUAUUAUUCUUUUUGAUAUUUUAUAACUUUUUUUACUUUUUAAGAUUAAAAAACAAAACAAAACAUUUCAACUUUCCGACGCCAGCGCAGAGUUUUGCCCUGUUCGCCGGGACCGCGGGAGCGUGCGGCGCCGAGGCCAUGCGGUGAGCGAGUCUUGUGAAGAAAACAAUCUGAGGACCAUGCAUCCGUGACUCCUGGAACCAGCCGUGAGCCAGGGCAAUGGAAGUUCUAGAGGGCCUCCAGCGUACUGCUUCCGUGAGCAUUCCCAAUGGAUGUGCCAGCAGGAUUUCCCAAGGAAACAUGGAGGGAGGGAGCACUGAUGCCUUGGAGGCCUGCGGUGCUGAGCACUGCGCCUCUGGCGACGCAAUCCCCGCUGAGCAGGAGGAAACACAAAGGUAUAAGAAGACAACCAAGGGCAGCCGGAUCUGGAAUUUUGUCAGACGAAGGAAAGGACUCUCCACGAAUAAAGACAGGCCCCAGUCCAUGAUUCUGCUUGGAGUUGCCUCUGAGGCGUCAGAAUUAAAAAAGCCAUCCUUCAUGGACAGGGUACGCUCGUCAAAAAAGGGAAGAUCCUCCAGGACACCCAAGAACAUGGAUUUGAGAGCAUCCAGAGUGCAGGAAAUGCGUGACCCUGAGGAGGACCUUCAUGGCAGUGGGCAGAGAGCUGUCUACAGGGUUAGGAGGCUGGGCGAUGGCCGGAGGCCCUCCCGCCACUCGUACGCGGGGUACAUCGAGGAUUUGGACUCUUCUUUUGAGGACAUAGAGCUGAACAUCAGCAUUCCUGAACUUGAUGCCACUGAAAGUAAAUGUCUCAGGGAUAUCGGUGGCAGAUUACACAGUGAGGAUAAUGAUGGUAACUGCCACAGAAUACCGGCCAGGAAGAGUGAGUCUUUGAAUUUUGAACACGUUAAGAGUCCUGCAAUUACAGAAGGGGACAAUCAAAAGAGGUGUGCUGUGCUCCCACAGGAGAGCAGGAGAGGAAGGAGCUCUGAUGUCUGGAGCUAUCUGAAAGGAAUUUCAUUAGCUAGCAAAGAUAAUUCAAAGCUCCCAGAUCAAAGGGCUGAAAUCAAUUUCCAGAACUUAGAAAAUACAACUGAUCAUUCCGCUUCUUACUUUGACUUUGAUACGAGAUGUGAGGAAAAUCUCAGCCAGCGAAAAAAAUCAAACGGUGCUGCCAAAGCCACUCACUUUGGGGGUGUUGUGAGGUUCUUAACCAGCAUGGCCGAGGCGGCUCGGCGGCUGCGAGGCUCCUCGAGGGCGUUCUCCCCCGAUGAGAAGAGGCCUCAGCGCAGUUUCCGGGGCCGCAGGCAGGACGUGGCCUCCCCCAGAGAGGGCUUGGUUUUCGAGAACGAGAGCGCAAAGGCCUUUUGCACGGUGGGAGCCUGCCUGCAGUCCCCGGAUUCAGGCACGUGGGAGAACCUGAGCUUUGAGAGUCUGGGGGGGAAGGAGUCCCUGCAGCACUGCAGAACCUCAGAUGGGCUGAAAGACGUUGGUUCCUCUGGCCUGGACAGUGGCAAUGACAGGCUUAAUGAAACCUCACCUUCUCCCUUUGGGCCAGAGCCAUCCAUGUCCCACCAGGCAGAGCUUGCAGAUGCCUCUUUCACUGAGCUGAACAGCAAAGACCCCUCUGAGGAUCUGGUUGAACUUCCACAGAUGACUCUGACUGAACCGAUUGAGGACUUGGGCACUACUGCAGAGAAGACCCAGGACAUGGCCAGGGAUCUGCCACCUUCUCAUGAUCUUCCUGUGAAUAGUCUGGAUACUGUGGACCUGAGCUGUUCUUCAGCUGCCAAUGGGGACUUUUCUGCAGAAACUGAAGUGCAGACUCACCUUCCACAAGAAUCACCAACUAAAUUUGAUUCUGGAGAUGUGGCUUGUGACCCAAUGGUUGCUAAAGACAUGGAUCCAUCUUCUGCAGUUGCUCAGGAGCUUUCAAAGACAGAACUGGAUAAUCAGGACUUGAGAAAUCCUGAGCUGCCUUUGCAAAACUUGUCUGGAAGUGAGCCAGAGUUUCAAGACACUGGCAGUACCCUGGAGAGGGUCGUGGGCAGGGACCUGGCACCUUCUCCCAGUCUUCCUGUCAGUAAUCUGGAUGCUGCAGGCCUGGGCUCCUCUCCAGCUGCUGAUGGUGCCUUUCCUGCAGUGACUGAGGCUCAGGCCCACCUUCCACAGACAUCACUGACUAAACUUGAUACUGAGGAUGUGGCUUGUGCCCCAGUGAUUGCUAAAGACAUGGAUCCAUCUCUAGCUGCUCAGGAAAUUUCAAGGACAGAACUGGAUAAUCAGGACUUGAGAAACCCUGAGCUGCCUUUGCAAGACUUGUUGAGAGGUGAGCUAGGGAUUCAGGACCUGGGCAGUACUCCAGAGACAUCACAGGUUGGGGGCAGGGAUGCGCCACCUUCUCCUGAUCUUUCUGUGAAUAAGCUGGGUGCUGUGGACUUGGACCAUUCCCCAGCUGCCAAUGGUGACUUCUCUGCAGCACCUGAGGCUUUGAUCCACCUUCCCCAGGCAGCUGUGACUGAAGAGAUCCAAGACACUGUCAGUACUCUGGAGAAGAGUCAGGUCACAUUCAGGGACCUGCCACCUUCUCACGACAUUCCCGAGAAUAUUCUGGAUGCUGCAGACAUGGCCUGUUCUGCAGUUGCCGACGUGGACUUUUCUGUAGUGACUUUUUUAAAGUGUUCCACAGUGAAAAGGCAGGGUUUGGAACAGCCCGGUGGGCGCAUUAAAAAGCGGGGAACCACUUCAUUUGUGGAACAAAACUCUCUGGAAAUCAUGGACAGAGUGGAAGAGUUUGACUGCAGCACGGAGUGCAGGCCCUUCCAGGUGCACGUCUCGAGGAUUGUCUCUUCUGGACGCCUCAAAAAUGGAAAGCCGACGUCUCCCCCUGCGCAGCCGUCCCCGCAGGCAGAGCCCUUCAAGGCGCUGGUGGAGCGCUGCCGCUCGGAGCCGCUCUCGCAGAGCACCCCCAUGGGGCUGGACCAGCUGGGCGGGCGCAUGCAGCACCUGCUCCGCAGGCGGGCUGAGAACGAGCAGGCUUCAAAGACCCUGAAGGUGCGCGGGAACUGCAGGAACGGCGGCCGUCGGUGGAACCUCUUCAAGCCUGGAGCUGAGAAGCUGCAGAUCAGUCGGCUGAUCAGUGGUGGUUCCAUUGUCAGUGCUGAGGCAGUAUGGGAUCACGUCACCAUGGCCAACCGGGAGUUGGCGUUUAAAGCAGGAGACGUCAUCAAGGUCCUGGAUGCUUCCAACAAGGACUGGUGGUGGGGUCAGAUCGAUGAUGAGGAAGGAUGGUUUCCCGCCAGCUUCGUGAGGCUAUGGGUGAACCAGGAGGAUGGCGUGGAGGAGGGAACCAGCGAGGUGCAGAACGGGCACCUGGACCCCAGCGCCGACUGCCUGUGCCUGGGCAGGACCGUGCAGAACCGCGACCAGAUGAGAGCCAACGUCAUCAACGAGAUCAUGAGCACCGAGCGCCACUACAUCAAACACCUCAAGGACAUCUGUGAGGUACCUGGGCUGGGGCACCCCUGGGGGCUGGCCUGGGGCUGUCCCCACUGCAUCAAACACCUCAAGGACAUCUGUGAGGGUUACUUAAAGCAGUGCCGGAAGAGGAGGGACAUGUUCAGUGACGAGCAGCUGAAAAUCAUCUUUGGGAACAUUGAAGACAUCUACAGAUUUCAGAUGGGCUUCGUGAGGGACCUGGAGAAGCAGUACAACAACGAGGACCCCCAUCUCAGUGAGAUCGGGCCCUGCUUCCUGGAACACCAAGAUGGCUUCUGGAUCUAUUCUGAGUACUGUAACAACCACCUGGACGCGUGCAUGGAGCUCUCCAAGCUGAUGAAGGACAGCAGGUACCAGCACUUCUUCGAGGCGUGCCGCCUGCUGCAGCAGAUGAUCGACAUCGCCAUCGACGGCUUCCUGCUGACGCCCGUGCAGAAGAUCUGCAAGUACCCCCUGCAGCUGGCAGAGCUGCUCAAGUACACGGCCCAGGAGCACAGUGACUACAGGUACGUGGCCGCUGCCCUCGCCGUCAUGAGGAACGUCACCCUCCAGAUCAACGAGCGCAAGCGGAGGCUGGAGAACAUCGACAAGAUAGCUCAGUGGCAGGCCUCUGUCCUGGACUGGGAGGGAGACGAUAUCUUGGACCGCAGCUCGGAGCUGAUCUACACGGGAGAGAUGUCCUGGAUUUACCAGCCUUAUGGACGGAACCAGCAGCGAGUUUUCUUUCUCUUUGAUCACCAGAUGGUUCUCUGCAAGAAGGAUCUGAUCCGAAGGGAUAUCCUGUAUUACAAAGGGCGCAUAGACAUGGAUAAAUAUGAAGUGGUGGAUAUAGAAGAUGGGAGAGAUGAUGACUUCAAUGUCAGCAUGAAGAAUGCCUUCAAACUGCAUAACAAGGAGACUGAGGAAAUGCACUUAUUCUUUGCCAAGAAACUGGAGGAGAAGUUACGAUGGCUUAGAGCUUUCAGAGAAGAAAGGAAGAUGGUAAAAGAAGAUGAAAAGAUAGGCUUUGAAAUUUCUGAGAAUCAAAAGCGGCAAGCGGCAAUGACAGUAAAGAAAGUCAGUAAGCAAAAAGGUGUGAGCUACUCCAAGUCGGUUCCUCCAGCCUACCCACCACCCCAGGAUCCAUUAAAUCAGGGACAAUACAUGGUGACAGAUGGCAUAUCCCAGUCCCAGGUCUUCGAAUUCACCGAACCCAGACGCAGCCAGGCACCAUUCUGGCAAAACUUCAGCAGGUUAACACCAUUCAAAAAAUAAUACCUAGAGAGAUGGAGAAUUUUAACUUAAAAGAACUAAAAUUUAAAAAAUAAAAAUAAAUAAAAUUAUAUUUAUAGAUGGACCUUUUUUCGGAGAAGCACUGUUGCAACUAAAUAUAUAUACAUAUAUAUAUGUAUACAAACAUUUUAAAAAUAAUAAUAUAUAUACAUAUAUGUAUAUAUAUAGAAGGACCAAAAACUUUUUUUGUUGUUUUUGGGAAGUAAUCUGCUACUAGAUACUAGGAAGCACCAAUGAUUUCUAACCAUGUGACCUGUUUUAUUUUAUUUUACUCCAUUGGUUGGACAUCUCUUUUUGUUGGGGUUUUUUUUUCCUGUUUUCCUUCAUUCCCAUCCGAGUCGUCAUUGGCAUCCCAGAACGCUUUCUCGCUUGUGUGACUCUGUCAUGGAACUUCCUCAUGGACUACAUUGGUGUAUAUUUCCUUUGAUUUUAUUUAUGGGGGGGUGUUGUUUGUUUUUUGGAGUGCUGGGAGGCCUCUGCUCCCUGUCCCUCCCUCUCUGUCCCUCCCUGGCUGUCCCCAGUCCCCAGCCCGGGGCGGGCCCGGCGCUGUCCCCGUCCUGCAUCCCCCGGUCUGACUCGUGCCUGUCUGGAUGUGCUCCCUGUGCUCCCGCUCCGCUGCGCAGUAUUUCUCUGGCUUUAACUGUUCUCUCGUGGGCAGGUGAAACCCAGCAGAAGGGCAAGCAGCUAUUUAGGAAGUGAGGGAUGGGUUUUCCUCAGUUCAUCUUUUGCAUUUUUUAAAGCACUUGUCUUUUUCUCAAUUCGGUGUGAUUUUUUCACACUCGGAGUAAGACGGAGAAAAGAGAAUCAGAGGCUUUUCUUUUUGCUUUGUUUCUGUGGGCUUAACUUUGAUUUAUUUUCUUUUCAAGCUGAGACACUUGAAAAGCCCACUCCUAUCUUUGUUUUCCAUGCAAAGAUAAAAGCUUAAAUCCAAUGGCUUCAUGCCUCCAUUGCAGAGAGGAAAAUUGGCUCUGAGGCUCCGACAAGCGGCCAGUUUUCUGUCUUCAGGAACUAAGGUCCCAUCCUUUGGCCACACUCAGCCUGCACAGCAGCACCUAACGAAGCAGUAAUUGCCAUUUGCAGGAGCAGUGACCCCAAAAGUGAGGCCCAUGGCUGCUCUCAGUGCCCACCCCACGCUGGGUUCCCGCGAGCUCUGCCCCCUUAGUGGAAGGAUCCUCACCCCAGCCCCGGGAGUGCCCACCUGAGGUUGAACCCGAGCUGCAGAGGAGCUGAGAGCUCCUUGAGGCAGCUAUGGGUGUGACUGGGCAGUGUGGCCGUGCUUCUGUGCCCAGUCCCAGCUGGUGCUGGUCCAGUCCAGGCCCCUCCGUGUCCCCUGGAGGGGUCAGAGCACUGGGCCUGGGCUGAUGGACCAGCCCAAGCCUCCAGGUCUCUUUCUCUCUCUUUUUCUCCCUCUGGAGACUCACAGCUCUAUUUUUAAAGACCCUUCCACAAUUUCAGCCUUAAGUACAUUUGUUUGUAAGUGCAGGAGCUUAUGGUUAAGCUUGUAAAACAAACCAUUGUCAGCAGGAGGAUUUUUUUUUUCCUAGGGCAAAUGAGACUGUUUAACCAGAUUUAGAAGAUGAACUUGAAAUCUUUGCAGAGCUGUCCUGCAAGCUACUUUGAAAAUGUGGGAUGAAGUGAUUGAUCAGGGUAUUUGUCAUUUUCUUUGGAAUCUGAUCCACCACAUAAGCACCCCAGGACAAAGAGCGUGGAGAUAUGGGGUUUUUUAUUGUGGGUUUUUUUUUUUUUUUUUUUUUUUUUUUGCCCCCAAGAAAUCCAAGUGAAUGGGAAGAGCAGAGAGUGUGAUUUUAUUGUUUCCAUGGAGCCUGUUUUAUUUCAGGGCAUGUCACAAGGGCAGCAUUAUUUUUAUUUAAAUCCAAAAAUAAUCUCUCUUAUCCUUUUGAAUAAUCUAGAAACUAUCAAUAACCAUCAAAGCCAGAUUAGUGUUUUGGAGAGGAGGAGUGGCCCCUCUGUGACAGGCAGCAGGCAAACACCAGGAAUCCCAAAUAGGAAGCAACCCAAUUUUUUACCCAAAAUUAUUUUUGUGCUCUUUUGUAUCUUUGCAUUUUUAUGGCUAGAUUUUAAUGUGGGAUACAUAGCAAAUAUUGUUUUGUUUCUUUAACAGAGUGGGUAUUUAAAGCAGUGCAUGAAAUGGGUUCUUGUCAGUUAACUGAAAUGUUUUACUAUUUCUGAAUGGCUGGAGAGAAGCAGAGAGAGAGAGAAAGAGAGAGAUUCCAAAAUGUUGUCAACAUGAUGAAAAUUUCACUUACUCCUUUUGCCUUUAUAAUUGCUUAGGGAAAAAAAAAAAAAAAAAAACCAACCAAGUAACAAGCACAUUAGUUAAGCCUGUUCAUUUACUGUUUUGUGCCUCAGAGAGUGAGAAUGAGACAUCCAUAAUUUUUAUGAGAAGAUGCUUCCUAAGUAUUCAGCACUAGGAAAAAAGAAACACCACCGCCACACCAUUAUUUGCAUCAUAAAUCAAGAUCUGACAAGGCCACUUGUUGGACUCGCAGCUUCUUUGUUAAGUGGGAAGCCCGCCCGGGCAGCGCCGCUCGCGCUGGCGCUGGCACAGCGGCCGCAGGGACGAGGGGCUUGGCUCUCAGGCCUUCAAGAAAGCUCUUCCCCUCCAUAAAUUGCCAAGGUGCUGCAGGAGAUGGAGCAUUGGCACAAAGAAGAACCAGCAUUGGGUCCCACUUGAGCCUCUGCUGUGGCUGUCCCAGCAGGGAGCAGGGCUGGAGCGUGUGUGUGACAGCGCUGGGAGCAGCGCCCAUGCAGACGGGGGUGACUUGACUGAGCAUCUGGUACAGACUUUUCAUUCCAAUGCCAGACAGGAGGAACCCACUUCCCAUUCCAUAUGCAGAAACAAGAGAGUUGUAACAAACUAACAUGUUUACGGUAUUUCUCUGGCUGAAUCUAUAUAUAUAUAUAUAUAUAUAUUAAAAAAAAUUAAAAGAAACCCUCUUCCCUAGGUAAAUGACAUGCAUUACCCUUAACCUAGACACUAGAACAGAGGAUCUAAAUUCAAGACUUUCGCCUCCCCACCCUCUCCAAAAAGUCAAACAAGAACCAACCUAGGUGCAUCUAACAGUUGUAAAUAGAAAAUACUACAUAGAGAAAUAUAUUUGAAAUUUGUUUCAGUUUCUGGAUGGGCACCAGCCGUCCAUUGCAAUGUUAUUGAUAGUACACUGUGGUGCUUUGGGUUUCUGGUUUUGUUCUCUUUAUGCUCUGUCAUCUUUUCAUUGCAGCUACAUUUCAGGGAACAUGUAUAUUUAGUAGCUAUUGUAAGUUCUGCAUGGCAUCACCAAGCUUAUUUUUCCUUAAGAAGAAAAGAAGAGUCUGUAGGAGCUUAAAGGCACUAUGACGACAGGGACUUGUAGCAGAGAAUUUAAAAAAAAAAAAAAAAAAGGUUUUUAAAAUUCUAGUUUGAAGCCAAAUACUGAUAUUUUAGUGCUUUUGGGGUUUUAACAGUAAGAGCAAAAAAAGAAAAAAAAAAAGAAAAACAGGAUUUUGGUAACCCAGCUGAUCCGCACUUGCCAGUUUUAUUAUUUUGUUUAUAUUGGACUGUUUGACCCUGUCAAACAAGUGUCAAAGUUGUGUGUAUAAAACAAAAAAAGUGUUUAAAAAAGUGUUGUAAAGACACUGAGCCUUAUGAAAAUAUUUAUGGAAUUAAAUAAAAAGAAGUGAAAAGGCA